ACAGUUCGGGCGCGGCUUUCCCGGUUCCCGGCAGCGGCCUCCACACUUGCGGCGGGAGCAUCUACCAUCUCAGAGACGCCGAUGCGCGUCCAGUGACUCGGCCAGCAAGGCCUGCGCGCGGCCGGGGCAGCGGCACACGCCUGGUCACCGUGACCCCGAUUUUGGAUUUACCGCUCGGGGGGUGGGGGGAGCCUGGAUUUAACUGGCGACUGUUUUGGGGGACGCCGGACGCCAUGUUGUGGAAAAUAACCGAUAAUGUCAAGUACGAAGAGGACUGCGAGGAUCGCCACGACGCGAGCAGCAAUGGGAACCCACGAAUCCCCCACCUCUCCUCGGCCGGGCAGCACCUCUACAGCCCCGCACCGCCACUCUCCCACGCUGGAGUCGCCGAAUACCAGCCGCCACCCUACUUUCCACCCCCCUACCAGCAGCUGGCUUACUCGCAGUCGGCCGACCCUUACUCACAUCUUGGGGAGGCAUACGCUGCGGCCAUCAACCCCCUGCACCAGCCAGCGCCCGCCGGCAGCCAGCAGCAGGCCUGGCCCGGCCGCCAGAGCCAGGAGGGAGCGGGCCUGCCCUCGCACCAUGGGCGCCCGGCCGGCCUGCUGCCCCACCUAUCCGGACUGGAGGGAGGUGCGGUGAGCGCCCGCAGGGAUGCCUACCGCCGCUCUGACCUGCUGCUGCCGCACGCGCACGCCCUGGACGCCGCGGGCCUGGCAGAGAACCUGGGGCUGCACGACAUGGCGCACCAGAUGGAGGAGGUGCAGAAUGUCGAAGACCAGCAUUUGCUGCUGCAUGAUCAGACUGUUAUUCGCAAAGGUCCUAUUUCGAUGACCAAGAACCCUCUGAGCCUCCCUUGUCAGAAGGAGCUGGUGGGAGCCGUGAUGAAUCCUAGUGAGGUCUUCUGCUCAGUCCCUGGAAGAUUGUCCCUGUUAAGCUCCACAUCUAAAUAUAAAGUAACAGUGGCUGAAGUACAGAGGCGAUUGUCCCCUCCUGAAUGCUUAAAUGCCUCAUUACUGGGAGGUGUUCUCAGAAGAGCCAAAUCAAAAAAUGGAGGCCGGUCGUUGCGGGAGAAGUUGGACAAGAUUGGGUUGAAUCUUCCAGCCGGCAGGCGGAAAGCUGCUCACGUGACUCUCCUGACAUCUUUAGUAGAAGGUGAAGCCGUUCAUUUGGCUCGGGACUUUGCGUAUGUCUGUGAAGCCGAAUUCCCUAGCAAACCCGUGGCAGAAUAUUUAACCAGACCCCACCUUGGAGGACGAAAUGAGAUGGCAGCGAGGAAGAACAUGCUGUUGGCGGCCCAGCAAGUGUGUAAGGAAUUCACAGACCUUCUCAAUCAAGACCGGACACCCAACGGGAACAGCAGGCCCACCCCUGUCCUGGAGACCAACAUACAGAACUGCUUAUCUCACUUCAGCCUGAUCACCCACGGGUUUGGCAGCCAGGCCAUCUGUGCUGCUGUAUCCGCCCUGCAGAACUACAUCAAAGAAGCCCUGAUAACCAUAGACAAAUCCUACAUGAACCCCGGAGAUCAGAGUCCAGCAGAUUCUAACAAAACCCUGGAGAAGAUGGAGAAGCACAGGAAAUAAAAUAGGUGUGAACAAAGGACCCGAGAGUCAGCAAGGAGAUCCUCUCAACCCAGACCUUGGCCUGGGGGAAGUUUGUUACCUACCUUACUAUUGAAAAGGCCUCCCUUGGUUUCUGGAUUGGCAGCGAUGGUCUUGCACACCCUCCUGGAUCCCUUAGUUGUUUCUCUAGCUCUGCAGUGUCUCCUAACUUUGAACAUGAUCAGAAGGUGACAAGUACUGGUUCUUUACUCAUUAAACUU